UCGGUGUAGCCAAUUUCAUUCGCGAUAAUGAUUCUACCAGCUCUACCACUCUUCCUAGGAUUGUUGGUGCUCGUAUAUUCCGAGGACGACGAGGAAAUAGAAGCGGACAAGUGCAGAAACGCCACUAUGGGCGGAACACCUUUGGACAUAAAGGAGGCGCCAUGGACGGCUUCUGUUGUGAUCAAAGAAAAGGCCAAGUGCUCCGGCGUCAUCUACAGCAUGGAGUACAUCAUAACGGCGGCAAAGUGUGUGGAUGGGUUUACGACCAAGGCCGUGAGGGUGCGAGUCGGGAGCUCCACUCGCAGCUCCCCAGAUGCCGCCGUCUGCAAUAUCAUCGUUCACGAAAAGUUCUCGGAGCUCAACACUCCCUAUAACGUGGCCCUGUUGAAGCUGUGCAGCCCGCUCACAGCCUCCAAUACGAUCAAGCAAAUCCAGCUGGUCGAUAAAUUUCCAGCCGAUAACACAAAGGUCUUGUCCACCGGCUGGCCGUCCUUCAGGUGGUGGUCACUGUUUUGGGAGCAAUGUCUGGAUGGCCUUGCACAACAGAUGAUGAGUGCAGAAGUAAAGAUGUCCGGUCGAAAGACGUGCAUGAAGAACUGGCCAAAGCAGAAUCAGCUUGGUAGAAACAUCACGAACGACAUGUUCUGCACAGAAAAGGCUGGUAACGAAGCAUGCUCCUUUGACUUGGGAUCACCUCUAGCCCUCAAGGGCAAGCUGGUUGGCAUAUUGGCCAGAGGCGGUUGCUCCAGACGUCCCGACGUAUAUACCAAUCUUCUCAAGUAUAAGACCUGGCUGGCCAAAAACUCCAAGCAACUAAACCAUAGUUGAAGCAAAAAUAUAUUUUAUAGAUAAUUA